AUGUUUUUUGUUUCCUUCGUUGCAGAUUAUUCACGUAUCAAACGAGCUCGGUAUAAUUUUGGCAACAGAUAUAAUGUGCUCAGUGAUACAUUCGGUGGAGAAUUUGACAACUAUUAUUCGCCGAUGACCAGCGACGAUGAAAUCCCAGUACGUCAUAACCGCGAUCACUACUAUCGUUACAAUGCGCUACUGAAGAAGCCAACAAUUGGUAUGCGUCUGGUACGACCUCGAUUAUUUUGA